AUGCCCACACUGGUUAAUAGUGGGACAAGAGAAGGCAAUGCCCAUAGGGGGACAAGUGAAGAUAUACCGAUAUGCAAUGUCAUAAAAGAAUAUGAAAGAACAGAUAAAGAUUUCUUAGUACUGGACCUUCAAUAUGGAUGCCAAGAGGCCACACUUAGUGAAAUUUUUGGAAUGAAAACGUUCACGUUGGGACAUCAAGGGGAGCGUGAGGGUCCCAAGGCAUCAAGAAGAUGGGGCAAUCACUGUGAUUCACAUGAAUUUAAUAUAAAGCAGUGAAAACAGAAUUUCCCCUCCAUCAGGGCGUCUCCCCCACGACAGAGAGCCACUCCUUCGCCAAUUGAUUACAGAAGUGAAAGUCGACGGCGGCACGAUAAUCAGCAGGAUAAUAAUGUGCCUCAGAGCUCAACGGCACCCUCUCAUGGUCCUCAGCAGUCACUGAUGGGCCCUCCAUCUACACAUUUUCCUGCAUCAUGGCCCCUUUUGGAGCACCGAAUAUGUUUGCAAAAUUCAGAUCGUGGCCAUCAUGCUCCUCCUCCAUUUGCAACUCAUCAGCGCUGGGCCCAAGCUCAUCCAGGGUACUUUCAAACAGAUAGUGGCCAAUAUACCUUUGAUAUGAAAUGGUGGGCCCAGCAAAAACAAUCCAUGGAUGCUUAUCUGAGUGGUCCUAGUUGGAGAGAUGACAAAAAAAUACCCAUCCUGAUUCUGGCUGUUCCACAGUGGUCAUUUGGCACACGUGUAAUGAAAAAUAGCAAUAAACGACAUAAUAUAAGAUCAAGUAGCUGUAAUCAUCAGCUAGAAGUAAUUACAAUGCACAGAGACAUGAUCUCGAGCUAUGGUCAGGUAGACCCUCGAAGACAACCUAUGUCUUUAUCAUUUCAAAACCAGAAAUUCAGAGACAGUUUACAUGAUUCCAGAAGAAGGUAUAAUUUGGAAAGAGAUUUCAGAAAAACGAGCUCUGUUUAUCAUCCACCUGCUUGGGGAAAUACUGAUAAUGUUAGUGGAAAAGGAAGAGGAAAUAAAGGUGGGAAGAAAAGUAAUCUUAAGAUGCAGCCCAGUAAAUUUGAUGUACCUGGUAACUUUAUCUUGGGGUUCAUUAAUAGAAGUAUACGACCUGUUAGUACAAGUGCUUCUUUGACUGAGCCAAGAGAUGACUGGUCUAUGUUUAAGAAUAAAAGCAAAGAGAAAAUAGGGAAAAAGACUAAAAGUGAUGAAAGUGCUACUUAUGCUGAAGCAGCAAAGAAAAAAGCACUUGCAGCAGCUGCAAGUAAACUGAGAAGGACAUUCUUUGCUGCUAAAAAAAAGAAUGUAGGAGGAGAAUGUUCGCCAGGAGAUGAUGACAUAGAUGUUGACCCAACAGAAACUACAGAAGAGAAUAAUGCAGAAGACUUGUCUAUGCCCCGUCGCCACCCUAGCUGCUUGGAGUUUGAUAUUGAUAUACGAUUCAGUGCUAAAGAAUGGGCAUCAGUAGGACGUGCAGGUGGAUCCAGUAACAUUCUUGAUAUACCACAGGCACCCUCAAGAAAGCGAUUAAAUGUCUUGCAAAAGAAUAACAUAGGAUGUGGAGAGGAACAGGAGGACUCUGGUACUUAUUCUGAUACAGAUGUUGGAAGAGCAGAACCUCAUUGGUCUGUAAAUUCAACAUUAUCUUCAAGCUUCACUCGUCGGCGACAUUUGUCGGAGAGUUCUGGGGUAAUUGACCUAAGAAAAAAUCCCUCAAAUGGAACAUCAACAUCACGACCUGGUACUGGACGAAUGAGAUCUUGCUCCAUGAGUCUCGUAGAGGGAGCAGGCUCAAGUAAAGAUGGACAGGGAAGCUCUAGUGAAAAUCGAGAAUCUCGCAUGAGGCUGCACCUUAUGCCAAAAUUAAGAAGAUUAAUGCUGAAGCAGCUGCUCACGAUGGAUAAAAAAUCUCUUCAGGAGUUGGUUGAUGACCCAAGAUCCCGCAAAGCACAGUUUAUGAUGACACACCUCAUGUCUGAGCAUCGUGCAGCUUUGUCUCAGCGUCUCACUCAGCAACGCUUCAGGACUUCAGAUUCUUUGCAUGAUGAUGAACUGCAGCUGUUGAAUAGUCUGGAGAACUCUCAGCUAAAUUCUCUUCCACCAGAAGUUCUACAACAGGUUCGUGAAAUUCUUGCUUUGGAGCAGAAUGGCAACAACAGAGCAUGGGAGGAGGUUACCUUCUCUCUUAAUGACCUUCUUAAUGCUGACUCUGACCCAGACUUAGACUGCCAAAUAAUUUCACCCCCUCCUCGUGAUCCUGCCUCUACCAUUACUAUACAUGAUUCAGACUCAGAAAUGGAAGAUCUCAUUGAAGGUGAGAGUGGACAUGAAGAGGAUGACCAUGAACCAGAAGGAAGAGAGCAUGAGGAGGAUGACCAUGAAGACAGAGAGAGUGAUCAUGAAGAUGAAGAUCAAGAGGAAGAAGAAGAACAUGAAGAUGAGGAAGAUGAAGAAGAGGUGCAGCAUCAAGUUCCAGUCACACAAGUCAGUGCAGAAACAAAUGAAACAAGAAAUUCAAUCAGUAAAAGAGAAGCUGCCACACCACAUAGUGGAAACAAAUCCACAGGUGGUCCCUUACAAAUGUUACCUACUAUUCCUGUUGAGGUGCCACUUUGUGUCAUGGAGUCCUUAGGCAGUGGCCCAAGUAAUACUCGAGAUCUCUCAAAUCAGGUGUCUGACUCAACACUAAACCUCAUAGCCUCAAGUCAGCCACCUAUAAGCAACCAAAGGUCAGCUGGUGAAAACAUCUCUGUGCCUGGACCUAGUACACUCUUGCUAGCUUCACCUAGAUUGAAGGUGAAGGAAGAGCGUCCAUCACCCAUCAGUGAAUGUGGCCUCUGCAUGCACAAUCCACGAACACCCCACACCUCAGAAUGUGUAUACCCCUAUGGUUUGGCUCCUCCAUCUCCUGUGGCACUGAUGCCUGGUCCACCGCGACCCCUGGGCACUACACCUCCUCAGAGGCCAGUCCCUCACAUGCCUGCUACUCAGCAGCCUCCUGCCGUCCCACUCUCAUCGACUCAUUACCAGAGAUCUAUCAAACAGGAGAAGCUUGAUGAUUCAUAUCUGAAGUAUGAACAUGUAAAACGGCCAUCCUCAGAAGAGCGUCCAAAGAAUCCUGCUCCUCCUGAUACACUUCCACUUCCUCCUCCAACCCAAGGCCUGCACCCACCUCCUCAUCCAAGACCACUCAUAUUUUCCCCAGACAAUGAUUUCCCAGAUCCUCCUCGUCCACCACCACCUCCACCCCCACAGUUCAGUCCACGUAUUAAAAUAGAGCGCCAUACACCUGUGCAGUUUAUGUGCUGCUGUAUGCGGAAUGAAUGUGAGCGAAGCAGUACUCAUAGUGCAGAAAUGCGUCCCCCUUCACGUCGUAAUGGAACUACUCCACAGCCUACAGAAAGAAGACCAACACCGCAUUUGUACAAAAUGGAACCACCGUCCCCUUGUGCCUCACUGGCCAGGACCCCACACCAGAGUCUUCCUGGCCACUUUGCACCACCAGCUUCACCUCGUUGUGUUAAUAAUGUGACAACUGAAGCAAGAGUCACUGUUGGUGUGCAGACUGAGAAGGAACAGAUUAUUCCAGCAAAUGACCAAGGGUAUAAUAAUAAUAGUAGUAACAAUAACAAUAAAAGACAGUAUAUUCCUAACUUAAGUUUAGCAAGAAGUGUAACACCAUUAGUUACAAUUAGAGUGGAUCAGAGUACGAGCACAGAUGAUUUAGGUGGAGCAUGGGAGCAACAGCAACAACGUGGAAAAAGCAGAGGCAAAGGUUGGUGGUGGCAUCGUACUGGCCGACCUAGAAAUCAUCUGAGUCAGCUGACUUCAAUUUCAAAUUCUUUAAGUGAUUUUGAAUUCAGUCAGGAUGCAGGAAUUGCAUUGCAGCAAAUGAUGGUUUUUAGUGAGCAAGAGACAGAGUUUGUCCGACAUUUAGAGAGCAUUGAUCAAGAAAUACACGAACUCAUGCGAGAAAAAAAACGAAUGACUGAGGAAUUGGGACGACUUCAGCACCUGCGUAUCGGUAAACUGCAGCAACUUGUACGGCAAGGUGGUGCUGGUGGUGGGAUAACAGGAGCGGUAGUACCCAGAGGAGAACCUUCAUUACGAGGAGCUUGCAGUGAUUUAAGAACACCACGUACUUGUCGUCAAGACUCUAGCUCAGAUGGUGGUGAUCACAUGGAUACUAGUAACUCAACCACCACAUACAACAUCGAAAAUAUUUCACUGCGUUAUGGAUUAUCUAAAGAAGAUGUUUGUGUUCAGUCUACAACAGAAAAUGCCUCGGUUGUUUCUUCUUCACAGGAAAAGGGUCCAAGAGUACGCUCCUUCAGCUUCUCUCAUACAUCUUCAAAUGACUCUAGCAAUGAAUCUCAAACUGUUAGAAGACAAAGAUGUACAUCUACUUGCCAUUCUCCAGGCAGAAGCUUGAAAUCUAAAGAAACAUUUCAGAUUACCUAUCUUGGCCCCAUUAAUCCUAAUGAAGAGUUUUAUCAACAGAUUGCAAGUAACAUUCACAAAUUGCAACAGUCCAUUUCCAAUACAGAUUCAGAAACAGACAAUGAUGCAAAAUCAUUGGAGGUUCCAGUUGAAAGCUCUGAGGCUAAUGCGUUUUAUAAAAAAGAUGCGAGGGAAGCAGCAAGUAGAAAUAGAAGCAACUCGUUGUCUAGUUCAGCUGAAGGUGACAUUGAAAGUGAAGUGCCAGUUGAUCAUGAUGAAGAAGAGGAGGAGAGAAUAUCUAGAAGAAGACACAAAAUGUGUACAGAUGAUGGAGAAGCAGUUGUUGAUUCCUCUGAACAGCAUAUUAAUAAACUAAACAAUGAAUCUUCUCAGGGAGAUAGUGAAGACUUGUCUGUAGAUAAGCCUCAGGUUGAAGAAAAUGAAUCUUUAGGAGCACAAAUUACUUUUAGACAAGUGGAUGGUGGAGAGAUAAAAAAAGGAGGGGAGGAACUGGAAUAUGCCCAGGACCAUGGUUCACCUGAAGCAUCUCAGGAGCCAGUGUCAUCUGAAGCAAUUCAAGAAUUAAAACCAACUGAAGUGUGCCAGAAAUAUGAGUUGCAGGAAACAAGCCAUGAUUCUAAAUCAACUGAAAUAUACCAAGAAUCUUGUCAAACAAAGACCUCAGUAAUUCAUCAAGAGCCAAUAUUAACUGAAACUUGCCAAGAAUCAAGUUUUAUUCAAACCACUGGCACAACAGUAAAAGAGGAGUUCAUCAGUACACCAAGGAAAAGUUGUUCAUCAGCAUCAUCUUCCCCAUCAUCUUCACCAGAUAGCCAAAAAUCAAGAAAUUCUUCUGGUGAACAUUGUUAUAGUUUGAGGUCUCGAGGCCCACCGAGCAAGAUUAAGCAAAAGUCACCAGGAGGCCAGGAACUGAACAGUGAAGUGCAAGAGGAGAACUCUGUGAAAACUUCAUUGGAGAAAGUAAGCGAAAAAGUGGGAGGAGAAGAUAAUCAUGCAGAUGAUGAAAGGGAGAAAGAAGAUGAAUUUAGUACAUUCCCUAAUUUGGAAGGAUUGGAUGAUGUGUCGGAAGAAAAGAAGAGGAAGCGUAAACGAAAAACAAAGAAGCACAGAGUUAAUAAAAGAAAAAAGAAGAAAUUACCGGAUAAAAAUGGAAGUAAUUCGCCCAUUACAGUAAAUUCUAAAAGGAAAUUGCCAUCAACUCUACCAUCAGUUACCUCUUCUAACAGUUCUCUAAGUUUGCUGGGAAAAGUUGUUACUGACCACAAUGUGGAUACUGAUGAAGUUAUGGAGAGUUCUGGAGAUGAACAUGUGUUUAUCAGUCCCCCAUCCCAUGGUUGUGCAGUGUUGGAUAUUAAGGUUGUUGGAGACUUUGUGAUAACUGCAUCUGGUGAUGGCACUGCAAGAUGUUAUGACAUGACAUCAGGUCGUGUUAUGGCUACAUAUGUUGACCACACUGACGUUGUGACAUGUGUAGGAGUUGUUGGCAAGCCUGAUUUUGCCACAGGUUCACAAGAAUUUCAGGUCAUUACAGGAUCAGCAGAUAAAACCAUAUGCAUAUUCAAUGGCAUGAAUGGCAUGGUAAAACAGCGGUGUGAGGUAGGUGAGGGUGUACGGUGUCUGGACAUAUCUUGGGGUCAACUCUUCCUCGGAACCGAAGGCGGCUGUGGUGCAAGAUGGAACUUCAAGUUGCACACAAACCAACAUAUGAACCACAAUCUGGCAGGUCUGUUUCUGCGCACCCUAGAGCACAUCCAGCUGACAGUUUAUGCAACUGUGUCACAUGGAGGACUUCUCUACACUGGUGGCUCCAACAAAGCCAUUGUCUACUAUGACUUCACGACGGGUAGCAGCAGAGGUCACAUAGCAAGUGAGGCAGAUGUGUCUUGUCUCAGCAUCUAUAAAAGUCACCUAGUUGCCACCUGUUAUGAUGGACUUGUCCGAAUAUUUUGUCUGGCUACUGGCCAGCUUCUACAAAGAAUACCAGUUGAAGCUACAAAUAAAAUGUUCAUUUGCUCAGCAUUGUAUAAAGACAGAUUACUGGUGGGAAACAAGAAGGGAGAGGUGGUGGGCUGUCAUCUGCCUCAGCUUACUAGUCAGCCUGGCCAAUAACUCAUGACUGAAGCUGUCUGGCAUUCCUAAGUAGUGAAGGCCCACCAAGUUGGUAAUGUGACAGCCAGCUUGGAGGUGUGACUUCCACUCCGCUUGGAAACUUGAAAAUUUAUUAUUUCUACAAAGAAUCGGUGCUCAUAAAUUUGUUUAGAAUAUUAGGUCAGAGUUUAAGAAUGUUUAUGAGAAGUUUAGCCACUAGAUGACUGCCUUCAGUUGGUGUAUAUAUAGUAUUCUGAAGUGUAGACUUAUUUGAGUCUGGCUCAAUCUUGCUCACUAUCUACAGAAUUGUGUGCUCCAGUUUUAUGUCCAUCCAGUUGUUGAUGAAUAUUUUUUUUUUAAGCUGCAGAUUCAUAAUAAGCAUAUCCCUUUGUAGUGUCAAAUUCCUGGUAUACUGGACUAAUAAGUCUUUCAGCAAGAAAGUCAUUUUGUUAGUAAAACUGAAGUUAUUUUAAUGAUGCAACCUACAACGUAAUAAAAGGAGAUAUUUUUAAAAUGAGAAACCAGCUUUGCAGUUCAUAUUAGUAUCAGCACCAGUGGUUGUUAACUCUUGUUGAGUCUCGUGUGAUGAGCUCAAAAUUUCCAUUAAAAAAUACUUUGGAAACCUUGUCCUAUGAUGUCUUUCAUAAGUGAAUUUGUAGAUCUCUGUGUUUUAUACACUAAUGUGAAUUUGAUCGUCUUUGGUGGUAUUACUGGUAAGAAGGUAUUUCUUUUUAAGUGAGAACUUUGCAAUUGUAAUUGUUAUUUGUUAUUGUUUUUACAGGUCUAUUCAUGUCCUGUAAUUUUUCACUCGAGCACAAAACUUUGAUGUGAUACUGGGCUGUAUUCAGAAAACACUGCAGUAAUACGUACAUUCUACCAACUAUAGAACCAACUGAGGUAUAUGUAGUUGUCAAGUGUUCUACUCACAAUUUGGUUGAAGUUAAAUAUAUAUAUUUUACAUUCUAAAGCAUAAAAUAAGUUGGUAAAGGUGAUUUGCAGUUGCUGCUUUCUUCAAAGUUGGGUUAUUAGUUUGGAUUUUUUUUUAAUUGCUAGUAGAUAACUUCUGUUAUUUAAUAUUGAGCUGUGCUGUACCUAUAUAUAUAAUAUAACAGUGAUUAUGAUCUUUGUUGUAAAUCUUAAAGAAAAUACAAAACACUAAAUCAUCAACUUCCAUGACUUUUCAUGUAUAAAAAUUAAAAAAAAAAAAAAACUUGCUAAAUUAAUGAAUUUGAUUUGGUAAAAGUAAAACAUAAACAUUUAAUUUGUGACCAGCAUUGCAAUGCUACUUAUUUUAUGCUUUAUAUUAUGUAUUAUAACAUUAUCUGCUAUGCUCUUGAUAUUGUGAAUAUGAGCCAGAAUUGCAUUUGCAUCGGUUGUUACUAUAUGAAGAUGGAUACUUGAACUGAGUCCUUUUUUGAAAAUGGCCCAUGGACUAGCUAGUCAGGCUUAUAAACAAUGGCCAUGCUCUUCUUUGUUUUCUUUGAUUACUAU